CGAUGGAAGGGGGUCCCCGCUUGGGGGUGGCGCUCCUGCUGGAUCGGGACCCCGCUGCUCCAGCCCCUCGCUGCCCGCAUGGGCCUGCUCUUUUGUUUACAAAGAUUCACCAAGGAAAGGACGAGGGGAGAAGAUUUUAUGCUUGUUCCGCUUGUAGAGAAAGAAAAGAUUGUAGUUUUUUUCAGUGGGAAGAUGAAAAGGUGUCUGAAGCUAGGCGUUUAGCUCAGGAACAGUACAACCAAAGUCGGCAGCCCUCCUUCUCUCACACGCAAAAUAAGGAAAGGUACAAGGAGUUUGUCGUUUUGCCAUUAUCGGAAAGGAAGUUCUGUCAAGAAUGCCAACAGCUUCUCUUGCCAGCUGAGUGGAGCAGACAUUCUGGCCAUGGGGUGCUUAGUGAUGUCUCUGUUGCCCAGUUGAGGAGACCCAGCCAGCUCCUCAGACCUCUAGAGAACAAGAAGACCAACGCGCAGUAUCUGUUUGCCGACCGGAGUUGCCAGUUCCUGCUGGACCUCAUUGUCGCACACAGCUUCAAGAGGGUGCUUUGUGUCGGCACACCAAGGCUUCAUGAACUGAUCAAAUUACAAUCAUCGCAGGAACAGAAAAACCCCAUUAGGAGCCUUUUAUUAGAUAUUGAUUUCAGGUACUCUCAAUUUUAUACAGAGGAGGAGUUCUGCCACUACAAUAUGUUUAACCAUUAUUUCUUUGGUGGAGAGGCUGCCCACGAUAUAUGCCAGAAAUUCUUGCAGCAAGACGAAGGAAAAGGGGUCAUCAUGGUGGCCGAUCCUCCAUUUGGGGGCUUGGUUGAAGCACUGGCUUUUACUUUCAAACAGCUGAUUGCCAUGUGGAAGCCAACAGAUCGUGCAGAUGCUUCCAGCAAAGAGUUACCCAUAUUUUGGAUAUUUCCGUACUUUUUUGAAUCCCGCAUUGUUGAAUUUUUCCCAAGUUUCAGGAUGCUGGAUUAUCAGGUGGACUAUGAUAACCAUGCCCUCUACAAGCAUGGGAAGACAGGCCGAAAGCAGUCCCCUGUUCGUAUUUUUACUAAUCUUUCACCUCAUUUGAUAGUGCUUCCUGUGGAAGAAGGGUAUAGGUUUUGCUGCAUUUGUCAGCGAUAUGUGAGUUCAGAGAACCAACACUGUGAAGUAUGCAAUUCAUGCACAUCCAAAGAUGGGAGACGAUGGAGACACUGUUUUCUUUGCAAAACGUGUGUGAAACCUUCUUGGGUUCACUGUCACAGUUGUAACCGCUGUGCGCUUCCAAGUCACUCAUGUAAGAAUGCUGAUCCCGGAUGUUUCGUUUGUGGAGCGGCAGACCACAAGCGCACCGCCUGUCCUAAUUUGCGAGCAGCUACAAGAGUUUGCCGAGAUGGCCAGAAGCUGAAUCAGAAGAAGAACAAAGUCAAAGCAAAUGUUACGAGAAAGGGAAAGAAAGCGAAGACUGCAAAACAAAGAAAGAAGAAGAAAUCAAAAAAGCUUCUCACUUAA